CAGCAAAAGCAGCCGCGCCUCAGCUACAGUGUGCCGGAAGGGAUGAGUGGAGAAGCCCACCAGACCAUGUUUUUCCUCGGGCUCCCGGACCUGAGGAAGCUCUGCUGCGUCACUCUGACUCUGCAGAAGCAGGAGCAGGGCGAGGAGCCGAGGAGCAAACAGAUCAAGACCUGCAGAGAGCUGGUGCUGCUGUACGCUGAUGUUCUGGCCUCCCCGACGCUGGACUCCUUCACUGAGAUCACAGCGGUCAUGGCUAGCUCGUUUUUCCAGAAAGGCAUCCUGCAGCUUUUUGGAAGAACUUGUAGUUUACAGGUUGGCUCUCCUCAUUGUGUGUUUCCAGGCAUCAUCCAGGCCUGUCUGUCCUACUCUCUGAUCACCAGACUGGCUCCCAGAUGGAAUAAAGCCGGUCUCUACCUCAUCUCUGGUAAAGACUUCCUGACUGAGGCAGGGAGGCUCAACGCUGUCAGCCUGGAGCUGAGCACCACUGAGGGACAGCUCUGCAUCAGCAUUGAAGCCAGCGCAGUCAGACUUCCUCCUCCGACAGUGAGGAAACCAAACUACUGAUUUAGGCAUCUUAUAAAUGUCCUCUUAAACUCUGCGUCAGCGUCAAACUUCAUCGUUUCCAAAAUUAUGACGAUAAAUGUUCGUCAUCGACCCUUAUGUUAGGACCAAGAGGAGACGACGGCGAGCUAAAACAUUCAACUGAUGGUAAAAACUCUGACCAACGUGUGUUUUCAUGAACGAGACGAUGAAGUGACGAUGUACCUGCGUACCUGCUCUUCGUGCCUCCAUGCAUCUCUCUCACUUUCAUUGAUUAGUUUUACCCCCCGGUGUGUGUCAGUAAACGGCUCGAUACAUCAGGCCCCUCUCCUUUGGAAUCAUCUACCAGUCAGGGUCCGGGAGGCAGA